AUGGGCUACGAUUAUGCCCUCGUUCAUUUGACAUGGACGAUUCCUCCAGCGGUGCUGAUGACAGCAUUUUACUGGCCAUUUUUUACGCAGUAUGACUACUACAAGAUCGGAUUCCUUGUUACUGUUGCUAUGAUCUCUGCGACACCAUGGGACUCGUACUUGAUCCGCAAUAGUAUCUGGACAUACCCCGAAGACGCAAUCGUUGGGCCGACCGUAUUCAAGAUACCCAUGGAAGAAAUAUUUUUCUUCUUUAUUCAGACAUAUAAUACAUCCCUUAUCUAUUCUAUAUUGACCAAGCGACUCGUGUUGCCAUGCUAUCUUCGCACGAGUGCAACAAAAAUAUCCGAAGCUGUGGGAACGAUCAUUAUUUCAUGUGGUGUGAUUUAUGGAAUUGCAGGUUUCUGGGCUGGGGGAAAGCAUACAUACAUGUCCUUGAUUCUGGGCUGGCUAUGCCCAUUGAUGCUUAUACCAUGGAUUCUUUCAGCGCGCUUUAUUGUCGCCUUACCGCGAAAAGAAAUAAUUACAGCUGUAUUGCUACCGACUAUAUAUUUAUGGAUAGUGGAUGGGAUUGCACUGCAGCGUGGAACAUGGGUCAUUGAAAGUGGCACGAAGCUGAAUCUCGCAUUAGGCGCAUUGGACAUAGAGGAGGCGAUGUUCUUUCUCUGUACCAACCUUAUGAUUGUCAUAGCUUUGGGAGCUGUUGACCACGGCAUCGCGAUCGCCGAAUACCAGAUCGCCGCAACGCCCCGAAGUAAAAGAGACUUUCCAUCGUUCUCCGAGCUGUUUAUAAUAUACUUGAGGGAAAGGAAUGGCCCUUUUGAUCAGGAUUUUUUGCGAUGUGUAUCCGACGCUGUGCGGACCGUUGCGCAGAAAAGUCAGACGAUGUAUACAGGCAGCGCCAUGUUUCGCGGCCAGCUGCGCAUUGAUCUUAUAUUGCUAUACUCGUUUUGUCGGGUUAUGGACGACCUCGUCGACGAUGCACCAGAUGCUCAGACGUCACGCCGCGCCAUCCGACAAUGCCGUAUCGCAUUGCACCGACAGUUCACCUUGACAUUCCCCGACAAUAAUCCACGUCUUCCGCCGACCAAGAAGGGAACCGCCAAAUCAGAGGCGGAGGCCAUCAAAAGCAUUCCCCCGGUCCUUGUCACUUCAACUGGACUCCUCCCUGUUUCGCGCUUGACUAUCGAUCCUCUCCUCGAUCUACUUGAUGGCUUCGAAUCCGAUCUCGCAUUUACAAACGACAACGCUACAUCCCCCAUUAAAACAGAAUCUGAUUUGGAGCUUUACGCCUAUCGCGUUGCCGGCACUGUUGCCACGUCCGUCCUCCAACUGAUCAUAAGCCACUACCAACCCCAAAUGUCUCACCAAGACACCGAUCGCAUCAUAAAAGCAGGCUCAAUUAUGGGCGAGGCGUUGCAGUACGUCAACAUUGCACGCGACAUCGAAGAGGACGCUUCCAUCGGCCGAGUCUACAUUCCGGGUAUCUGGCUAAAAGACGAAGGAUUAACGCACGCCGAUAUUCUUGCUGAUCCGCAGGGAAAAUCUAUUGAGAAUCUCAGAGAGAGAAUGCUGCGCAAAGCCGACGGGUGUUAUCGAGCGAGUUUCGAUGCGAUGAAUGAGCUUCCGUCGGAUAUACAGGGCCCACUGAAAACUGUGGUCAAUUGUUAUAUGCUCAUUGGCCAGGUUUUGCGGGAAAAUAGAGCCCAGGGCAAGAUUGUUCAUGGUCGCUUGAAGGUCCCGAUAUCACGGCGCCUUCGCGUCGCGUGGUCAUCCAUGAUGGAAAUAGAUGCGAGACAGUAG